GAAAGGAUACUUAACAUUUAUUGAUACAGAAAAAAGCAGCUUAAAUCGUUUUUAUUGGAGAAUAUAAAUAAAUAAAGCAAAUAAGCAAAAAUUUUCUUGUAUUAUGCGUGGGAUUAAAGUGCCUGCGUGGUAAGCUGCAUAAAUAAAUUUUACUGUGUUCAAUGAUGACUAUAACAAGAAGAAACAUCUUAAGUUUAUAUAAAGAAUUACUUAAAUAUUCUGAAACUUUAAAAUACACUGAGAAAAAUUAUUACAGAAACCGGGUCAAAAAAGAAUUUAUUGAGAAUAAAAAUACAACUAGUGAAAAAGAAAUAAAUUUCCAAUAUCAAAGAGGAAGAAAUUUUUUAUUAAAGAGGAGACUACAGUAAAUACUGCAAACCAUGACAUAUUUAUUUAAAAAACUAAAUCAGCAACGAAUCACUGCACCGGUGAUUUUGAUAUUUAGAAAGUUGAAGAGUACUAUAGAUUAUUCUAAAUUUCCUAAACUUCAUGAAGGAGAAAUUGAAGAGCAGUUUAUUAGAGGUCACGGUCCUGGUGGUUCAAAUGUCAAUAAAACUACAAACUGUGUUUUAUUAAAACAUCUUCCAACAGGAAUUGUAGUUAAGUGCCAUGAAUCUAGGCUCCUACAAGAAAAUCAAAAACUAGGAAGAGAACGUUUACUCACUAAAUUAGAUGAUUUCUACAAUGGGGAAAUGAGUGUUUCAGCUCAAAAGAAAAGAAUUGAGACUGCCAAAAAAAUUUCAAUUGACAGAAAAAGAGAGAAACUAAGGGAAAUGAAAAGACAGUUUCAAGAACAUGGAAAGUCAAGUAAAUCAUGAAUUUGCAUAAAUGCUCAUUUGUGUACUUAAAUGCAAUAAUGUAUUUCUGAUUCAAUAAAAAACUUUUUUUUGAA